GAAUGAUAAACCAUUCGUUUGGUUUUCUGUAUUCAGGUUUUGCAGAAACUCUGGGUGUUGGUAUAAAAUUGUUAGUCUGUAUUUCAACUCAUUAUUUUUCAGUUCGCUUUCGAUUACAGUUUUAAUUUUUAGAAGAUAAUGUUGAUUCGUACUUAGGUGUAUUUAAUUGUGUAACUGGAGUGUAUCAUGGGUGGAAUAAUUUUAUAUGGUAUUAUAACGACGGUUUUAUUGCUGGUUUCUGGUUGCUCGUCGCAGAGUCAGACUGGUACCAGAAUUCCAAAAAUCCAGAAAUCUCCACUAAAUAGCAUUUUAUCAACUUCGCAACAAAACGUGAACAAUGCCUGUUUACCAGAAGUCUCUUGCGAUACUUAUGAAAAGUACCGAACAUUUGAUGGUUCCUGCAAUAACUUGAAAAACCCUGCUUGGGGCGUUGCAAAUACUCCUGUCGUUCGAUUGUUCCCAGCAUUCUAUGACGACGGAGAAAGUCUACAGAGACUGAGUGAAGAUGGAAAUCCGUUACCAAAUGCCAGAUAUGUUCGCACAACUCUACUUCCUGAUGGUGAAAAUGCUGGAGUAAAACUGACACUUGCUGUCAUGUCAUGGGGACAAAUGGUAGCUCACGAUGUAGCUCUUCGAGCAACAUCUCCCGAGGGACCAAAAACCUGCUGCAAUGCAGACGGAAGUUUCAAUCCAGAUCCUGUUUGCCACCCUAUAGCUAUUCCCAUAGAUGAUAAUUUCUACUCUAAAUUCAAUCAAUUGUGUAUGCACGUGAAACGAGUUCGUCCGACAAAUGAUUUAGGAUGUCUAAUAAAUCCUGUCCAACAAAUUUCAGGAGUUACCCAUUACAUGGACGGAUCAUUUAUCUAUGGCUCGAGUAAAGAAGCUGCUGACUCACUUCGACAAUUUGAAGGUGGAUUAUUGAAAUGUCGAACGACUGAUGAUGGUAGACCAUUUUUGAUCAAUGUUCAAAAACCCACCGAGGUUUGUGAUGUGCCUCGUGACACCGAUGUUUGCUACAUGGCUGGGGAUCCGGAUAGAGUAAACACGAACACAGAAAUUGCAGUCACUCAAGUGAUGUUUUUGAGAUUACAUAAUAAAUUGGCUACAGAUUUGCACCAUAUGCACCCUUCCUGGUCUGAUGAGAUGCUUUUCCAAGAGACUAGGCGAAUUGUUAUCGCAAUUGUGCAGCAUAUUACUUACAACGAAUAUUUACCUUUGUUGUUGGGAUCGACGUUUGUUAAAAACCAUCAAUUAGCACCUCAAAAAUCAGGAUAUUCAAAAUAUGGAUAUGAUGCUAGUAUCAAUCCUUCUACCCUUAGUGAAUUCGUGUCGGCUGCUUUCCGUUCGCUACAUAGUGCCAUCGUUGGAAGCCCCAAGUUAGUGAGCGAAUAUCGAUUAAGUCGAGGUUCAAUACAACUUUCUGAUUACACAAAUAGACCUGGUAUUAUUGAAGCUGCUAAUAAUUUUGAUAAUUUUUUACGCGGUCUGAUUUCGCAACCACAAAGUGAUAAAAAUUAUCACUUCACCGAACAGAUCACAAAUUCAUUUCUCGGAAAUAAAGAGAACCCUAUCGCUGAACGUAAUGGAACUGAUAUGAUUAGUAUUGAUAUACACAGAGGAAGAGAAUACGGAGUACCACCUUAUACUACGAUGAGAAUUCUCUGCGGAUUGCCCCCAGUGAAUGACUUCGAGGAUUUGAGAGAUUUUAUGGAUGCUGAUAAAGUCUCAUUGCUAUCCGAGGUUUACUCCAGUGUUCACGACAUUGAUUAUUAUGUUGGUGGAAUGCUUGAAAAAAAAAUACCUCGUACUCUGGUCAGCCCUUCAUUUCACUGCGUCAUCGCCGAAGCGUUCCAUAGAUACAAAUUUGGAGACCGAUUUUUCUACGAAUUCGACGGUCAUCCGGGAACUUUCACACUAGAUCAACUAGACAGCAUACGAAAAUUCACCUAUUCAGCGCUCGUUUGUAUGACCAGUGAUCAUAUUCAAGUCGCUCAACCUAUGGGUUUCCAUAAAAUUAAUUCCAAAUUGAACCCAUUGAGGCCUUGUUCUGAAAUUACAAAAGCGUUCAAACUGGAUCCAUGGGCCAAGAAUGAUUGAUUACCUAAUUGAUUGGUCGAUCGUGACUAAAUUUUAGUUCUUUUUUUUACUUCUACCUUAAAAUGCAUUUUGUUGGUAUCCAUAUUCCAUAUCAAUAAACUUAUUAAAUUACA